UGCCACGGUGACGAGCGGGGAGCGGAAGUGCUGUCAUGUUCCGGUUGCCAUGGUGCGGGCGGGCUGCGGCCUCCUGAGGCAGUAUGGCAACUUUAUUGACAAUGUCAGACUGUAUGUUCGUGGAGGGAGUGGUGGAAUGGGACUUGGUCGCUUUGGUGGUGAAGGAGGCAAAGGCGGAGAUGUCUUUGUUGUAGCAAAAGCAGACAUCACUUUGAAGAAACUGAAAGACAAGCAUCCAGAGAAACGCUUUAUGGGUGAAGUUGGUGCAAACAGCAGCAUUCGAUCACUGAAGGGAAAAAAGGGGAAGGAUUGUGAAAUUUAUGCCCCAGUUGGUAUUUCAGUCACGACUGACAAAGGGAAAGUAAUAGGGCACCUAAACAAAGUGGACGAUCGGAUACGUCUCACUGCUGGUGGUCAUGGCGGCUCUUUUACGACUAAUUUUCUGCCUUCUAAGGGUCAGGCUAAGAUAGUAAGGUUGGAUCUGAAACUUAUAGCAGAUGUGGGAUUGGUUGGUUUUCCAAAUGCUGGGAAAUCGACUUUAUUGAGCCAGCUUUCACACGCUAAACCCAAAAUUGCUGAUUACCCAUUCACAACUGUCAGGCCAGAAAUUGGAAAAAUAAUGUAUGGCGAUUACAAACAGGUGUCAGUUGCUGAUCUACCUGGUUUGAUUGAAGGUGCUCACUUAAAUAAAGGAAUGGGUCACAAAUUUCUAAAGCAUGUAGAGCGAACCAAGCAACUUCUUUUUGUGGUGGAUGCGGCUGGAUUCCAGCUUUCAAGCAAAUUACCUUACAGAAGUGCCUUUGAAGCUGUGCAGUUGUUAACAAAGGAGCUGGAACUAUAUAAAGAAGAGCUUUUAUCAAAACCCGCACUGCUAGCUGUAAACAAGAUGGAUUUACAGAACACUGAAGAAAAGUUGAACGAGCUGAUAAAUCAGUUACAGGCGCCUCAAGAUUUCCUUCACUUACUGCCAGAAGAUAUGGUUCCUACAAAUGUGGUCCAGUUUAAACAAAUAAUCCCAAUUUCUGCAUCGACUGGACAUGGAAUUGAAGAACUGAAAAACUGCAUUCGAAAAUCACUGGAUGAGCAAGCUGACUUAGACAAUGAACUAUAUCAUUUUGAGAAAUUACAGAAUUUACGUUCAGGCACUUUGAAGCAUAUUUAGAAGUUGAAGUCAAAUUCACCUUUAAGGGUUAAAGGAGGAACUUCCAUUUUUAUUAAAGAUCAGGCAAAGCUUAGUUAAAACCCCAGAAUAUUUUGUACCAUAUUUCAGCAAUCAUUAAUUUAAUACAUAUCUGAUGUUUAUAUCAACAGUGUAAUAAACUUAACUUCAAUGCCCAAAA